AAUUGGCAGUCCGGACUCGAGAGAGGCGAGUUAUGCCAUUUGGUUUGUUCAUUUACUUGUGUUCUCAUCCAGAUCACGCCCCUACCCUACAAAAAGCUAACAAAGUCAUAACAGAUCAAGACAUCGACUUCAAAAUCGUACCCAUUCAUACAAUGAUAAUGUAGGCGAGCACCUCGCAGGCUAUACACCUCCCCCGCACAUCGAUACGUCAACUGCGGGCUGCAUGAUGAAAUUAGUAUGGUGUAUUCUGCCAACCCUAGGCCCAUACCUAUCUUUUGCAUUUACGCUUUCAGACUCAAGUCCCCAGGCAGAGUUAAGCGAGACAGAGACACUAUUUAUUUCAUUCGGAAGCCCUGACUCGCGUUUCUUACUGGUAAGAUCCUUGUGUAAAGAACCUGCAGUUGUAAUUUGCGAUGCUGCCAAUAGGGAAAGGGGCUGCCGUGCAUGAGCAUCUGGGACGCGAGGAGCGAUCACGAAGGUUCCCUCGUAUGGGGCUUCUUCGCAC